GUUUUAAAAAUUUAGAAUAGGAAAGCGCCAAAUGUAAUUCUCGAGAUCGAAUCGGGUUCCAAGUCAGUCCACCCAGCUCUGAUGAGUACCUAACACAUGUUGGGGAAUGUAAAGGCGGCUUGGCAAAGUGCUGACCACACAUUCCUUUCAAGUGCUGACCAUACAUUCCCUUCAUAUGCCGAGGUCAAGAAACACGAACUCUACUUCAUCUGCUCAAUGGAUCACUAGGUCUAAAGAGUAUUCUUCACUUUUUUAAUACUAAAAAUGAAAUGCUUAGUCUAGUUGGAGUAUUGUAAAGUACAUAUUUAUGUAACUAAAUGCUAAAUAAGCUUAUAGCAAACAAGUUCAACUACACACAGACACAAAUGACACGGCUAGUUUUUACAUAGCACACCCCACUCCCUAAAUUUGUAUCCGUGUUGAUGUAUAACAAUUAUUGUGAAACCAUUUUGGACUUUUAACGUGUGAAUAACUGAGUUACUUAUACAAGGUUUGUGUACGCAUGUUAUACUGUAGUGUACGGGCGUACUUGAUGAACAGCACGAACACGCAUGCGCAUUAACAGAUAUGUAUAGACACAUACAAACUUUCAGGAUAUAAAUGCCAUUGUUUAUUCAUUGUAUGACGUGAUGUUGCGCUGAGUUAGAAAUAAAGUGUUAAAAAACGAUUGAUUUAACUUCGAUGCUGAAAGAAAAACAAAAAGUGCUACUGGCAAAAAGGAAAGGCCCACACAUUACCAUGAGAAAAAUAACAUUCACAUGUGUUCAGAAUAAUUUUUUUUCCUGUUCUCGGAUAGUAUACGUCGUCUGCUUGUUUCUGGUGUUGCUAUUGAUUGCAUUCACCCCACUUCUGAGGAAUACUGUACUACGACCAGUCUGGCCUGACGCUUGGAGAGAAUUGAGCACUUUCGAUGUCAUCGAGCUUCGAUUUUUCACCGCGAACGAGAUGGGGGUUGAACCAGUGACCUCUUGCCUGAUGAAAACACAACCCACUGUUCAAAUAUCGGAGAUGGAUACAAGAAACGUUAAAAGUUACAACGAUGUCAAAGCGACCAACUUGCGAAGUUCUGACCAUUUCCGGUUUCUUCCUGCUUUGAGCUUCAAGGAUAAGUUGAGAAUGCUUCAUACGUAUUUAGUGUUAGCAGAGGCACUGCGGAAUGUGAGAGUGGAAUUCUUUUUCGUGGAUGGCUCAUUGCUGGGUGUGCAUCGUCACCAAGGCAUCAUCCCCUGGGAUGACGACCUUGACAUCUCAGUCAACGUCACGGACUGGAAACUCGUCCGUCACGCUCUGUCAUGCAUCGAUGGUUACAUCCUCUCCGUGACGACCUACAUGCACUGGAAGUUCUACCCCAACUCCACCGACCCUCGGCUCGGAUUUCCUUUCGUGGACAUCUUCUUCUACACAGAGAACGAGAACUUCAUCUGGGCCGUCUCGAGUUCCACCUCUCUCUACCUGGUCUUCGCCAAAGCCGACACGUUCCCUCUGACCACGGGUCAGUUUGAAGGCUUGUCCGUCCCGAUUCCCAAAAACACGGAUAAAAUCCUAAAAAACCGAUUGGAUCAUGGGAUAUGUCAGUCAAGUGCAAUGAACCAUAUUACAGCAACUGUCCUGCCUAAAUCGUCGGUUUUAGAUGUUCAGUGCUCAUCUUUAAGUUAUUUAUACACUAUGUACAACUUGGAUUAGAACUCGAAUCUUCCAUUGUUUUUUUUUUUUUAAAGUUGAAUGUUACCAUCAAGUUAAACUUCUAACUGGAGAAGUUGAAAUGUUAGUUUGGGGGCCUUCUUGAUUUGUUUUUGCUUUGUGCAUACUGUAUUAUACAUGUACUAGAGGAGUUAAUGGAGCUUAAUUUAAAAAAUUAUAGUAGAUGUAUUUACACCAUGCCCUAAGACAUACACGUGACCACACGCAAACCUUUCAAAAAUAAAAGAACACCACUCGUGUUGAUACUUAUUAAAAAUGUGAUCUUUAUUUGAAUCUAAGUAUAAAAAGAAAAAAAAACACGUAAAAGGAGUCAAAAUGAACUUUUGCUUCUAAACCUAUUUCUACAUGGAAAAUAUUAAUACCUUGUAUUCGGGCAGUUAAAAGGGUGUUUAUAUAAAAACUACACACCAAAAAAAUCUUGUACACAGGGGCCUACAACUAACGUAAAGCAAACUUUAAAAACAAAACAAAAAAAUUUCUUUAAAGGGAAACUAUCCAUGUUUUAAACAUAACUGUAGACAAUCUUGUAAGUGUUAUUUCCUUUUCCGUCCAUUACAGCACUAAAGAUAAAAUAAUUCUGCAUAU